ACUCAGUGCAACUUUCUCUCUCUCUCUCUCUCUCUUGAAUUCACCGAAGCUGAGGAACUAAAGUGAAAAAUUCGGUGCUGUAACAGUUAUAGAUACAGUAUUAUACAAGCGUUGGGAUUUUGUCGGUGGCAUUCGAAGCUGCACUCGAGAUCUUCUGAUUUCCCCCAAAUAAAUCAAACAAAUUGUUUUAGUUGUGCGAUCUUCUUUAGUUAAACUUUUUCGAGAUCGAUUUUACUUUCUGUAGAGAAUCACAUUUCACUUGCUCAAAGCUUUGUUCGAAAAUCACUGUGUUCAGAGUUUCUAAUCCUGGAAAUAACCAACUCUGGUGGUGUUUCUUGGAUUUUAAUUUCAAGAAAUUUGUUUGUAUAUAGGUUCAUUUUUUUGAAAUGUUAUAUAAGCCUUGGUAAUUGAUAAUUUUUUGAGAUGGAUGAAGGAACUUUAGUUAGGCUAUCACCACUGAGGCCUGGCGGAGGCGGCGGCGGUGGUGGUGGAGGCGGCUUAAAGUCACCAUCGUCGGGGAAGUCAACUCCGAGGGGUUCCCCUUCUUUCAGGAGAUUAAACUCGGGGCGAACUCCUAGAAGAGACGCACGUAGCGGUGUGUUUAGCUCUCACUGUCUUAGAAGUAACCGCAUUGUACUUUGGUUGCUUCUAAUCACUCUUUGGGCUUACGCCGGAUUUUAUUUCCAGUCGAAAUGGGCCCACGGUGACAACAAGGAAGAUCUCUUCAGCGGUGGCUAUGGUGGCGAAUCGGGCGGUGAUAAAUUCGAACCACAGAUCAAGAAUCGGAGGAGGGACUUAAUUGCUAAAGUCGAUUCUGCGGCCGUUGAGUUGAAAAACGAUACUAAUGAGUUGAGUUUGAAUAAGAGUGUUAUGGAUGUGGUUCUUGCGAAGAACACUACGUUGGAUAAAAACAAGCCCUCGAAGAGGAGAAGUAAGAGAUCUCUUCGUAGGAAGAAACCAGUUAGUAGUAAGCCAAAGGCGAUGGCUGAAGAGGAAGUGGAAAGCGAAGUUGAUAUGCAAACAGAGGAAAUCAUACCGAAGAAAAAUACGACUUACGGAUUUCUUGUGGGCCCGUUUGGAUCUGUGGAGGACUCGAUUUUGGAGUGGAGUGCUGAGAAAAGGUCGGGUACUUGUGAUAGGAAGGGAGCUUUUGCUCGUUUAGUUUGGUCAAGAAAGUUUGUUUUGAUCUUCCAUGAGCUGUCUAUGACUGGAGCUCCACUCGCCAUGCUGGAACUUGCAACGGAGUUUCUGAGCUGUGGGGCCACAAUAUCGGUUAUUGUCCUAAACAAACGAGGCGGAUUGAUGUCGGAACUUUCUAGAAGAAAAAUCAAAGUUCUCGAGGACAAAACCGAUCUUAGCUUCAAAACAGCCAUGAAAGCCGAUAUCAUCAUUGCAGGUUCUGCUGUCUGUUCAUCCUGGAUUGAGCAAUACCUGUCACGAACUGUGCUCGGUUCAAGCCAAAUAAUGUGGUGGAUAAUGGAGAACAGAAGAGAGUACUUCGACCGUUCGAAGCUUGUCCUAAACAGAGUGAAGAAGUUGAUUUUUCUGUCCAAAUCGCAAUCCAAACAAUGGCUAUCGUGGUGCGAGGAAGAAAAAAUCCAAUUAAAAUCGGAGCCUGCGCUCGUACCUCUCUCCGUUAACGACGAGCUGGCAUUUGUGGCGGGAAUUCCAUGCUCGUUGAACACUCCAUCUUUCUCCACAGAGAAGAUGAUGGAGAAGAGAGGGUUAUUGAGAAGCGCAGUUAGAGAAGAAAUGGGGCUGAGCGAAGAUGACAUGCUCGCCGUUUCGUUGAGCAGUAUAAACCCGGGGAAGGGUCAGCUGUUGCUUCUAGAAGCAGGGCGUUUCUUGAUCGAACAACCUCGGACAGAUCAGACGAAUUUAAGGUUGUCGAGUGAAUUUGAUUCGAUGGUGUUUGAUGGAGAUUCUUCUGGCUUGAGGAAACUCUUGUCUGAGGGUAAUAUUGGAAAGAAGGGUGGGAAUCUAAAGAUUCUUGUUGGUUCGGUGGGGUCUAAGAGCAAUAAAGUACCUUAUGUGAAGACGCUACUUAAUUUUCUGUCGAUGCAUUCGAAUUUGUCAAAGGUUGUGAUAUGGACCCCAUCUACUACUCGUGUUGCUUCGCUUUAUGCUGCAGCGGAUGUUUAUGUCAUGAAUUCGCAGGGAAUCGGGGAGACCUUCGGAAGAGUAACAAUCGAAGCCAUGGCAUUUGGACUUCCUGUGCUUGGAACUGAUUCUGGAGGAACAAGAGAGAUUGUUGAACACAAUAUAACCGGUCUUCUUCAUCCUUUAGGUAGGGCGGGGGCCCGAAUUCUUGCGAACAAUCUUCAAUUCUUGCUCGAGAAUCCAAAUGCAAGGCAAGAAAUGGGAUUAAAAGGUAGAGAAAAAGUUGAGAAGAUGUACUUGAAGAAGCACAUGUUUCAGAAGUUUGGUGAGGUAUUGUACAAGUGCAUGAGAAUUAAGUAGGCAUUUUGCAGGAGAUUGAUUCAUCAACAUUCUAUAUAAAUAGUGAAAUCUUUGUUAUUUGUGCACGAGAGUGUAAUCAUCUGAUGUUCGUGUGCCUUGGACCAUUAAUCGGUAUUCCGAAAUGCCGUUUUUUUUCCUU